CAGCCCUCCUGCCAUUCCUCCCCCUCACAUCGCCCAGCAGAUACUGGCAACGUUGCGACCUCCGACGAGCAGCCGGCCCUGCCCCCGGCAGCCUCCUUGCGGAGCGGAUGUUCGCUUCCGGACACCGCGCACAGAAAGGCGCCGCCGGUCCCUGAGCCCGCCCACACGCCCGCGUCGCUUAAGGGGACCGUGACGCCUUUCCCUGGUGGCCGCUCUCGGUCGUUGCGGUGCCUGUAGGCUCCGGCCGAUCUGGCGACCGUGGCGGCGACCGAGAUGGGGGCAGCUGCGCCUGACUACGAGGCGGCGGAGCUGUACACUCGCGCCUUCCAAGUGGGCGCUCUCGGCCACUGCUGGCGGCAGCAGCUGGAGCCGCCCGAUCUCUCGCUGGCGGCGGAGACGGCUGCGAAGACGGAUGCGGCCGUAGCGGAGGAGCUCGGCUGCGCGGCGGACACGGCGGCUGAGCUCCGGGCUGUGUGCAGCACUGAUAUGUUAAUAGCGCCUGGUACGGAAGAGGACCCAGAUGUUAUUCCUGAAGAUAGCAGCCUGCUGACUCUCCGAAUUAGGAAGAAGGCAUUAGAGAUGAGAGAAGAAGUACUUAUUGUGGAUCGAGCUUGCAGACAAGAAACUCUUGCCUAUGAAAUGGAGUCAUAUGCAGCUGGAAAGAGACCAGACAAUCCAACAGACCUGGUUGAUGAAGGAGAAGUACUUCUGACUCUAAACAUCUACUAUCCUGUCAUAUUUCAGAAGCAUAAGGAUCACAAACCCUACCAGACAGUCCUUGUACUGGGCAGCCAGAAGCUCACUGAGCUGAGAGACUCUAUUUCCUGCGUCAGUGACCUACAGAUAGGUGGUGAGUUCAGCAGUCAGCCAGAUCAAGCACUGGAGCACAUCAGCAAGGAUCUCUACAAAUCUGCUUUCUUUUAUUUUGAAGGCAUCUUUUAUAAUGAUAAAAGAUACCCAGAGUGCCGCGAUCUGAGCAGAACAAUUAUUGAGUGGUCAGAAAGUCAUGACAGAGGUUAUGGAAAUCUUCAGUCUGUUAAAAUGGAGGACUACACAUUUAAUGAUUUGUCUCUCAAAAUCGGCUUUCCGUACCUUUUCUGCCACCAGGGGAACUGUGAGCACAUCAUUAUCAUCACAGACACAAGGGCUCAGGUUAAUGCCAUGAAUUCUGCUUUCUGAGGAGAGGUACAGCAUACCCAGCUUUACUCUCUCCCUGGAUCAUGAAGCUGCUUCAAUCUGUGUACCAUUAAUGGUCUGCAUCCUCCAGCGGUUCUUCUUUCAGGACCGGCCAACUGGAAUAUGUGGCCUCAACGGUUUCCAGGCAGUUGUGUACCGCUGGUUCUUCAUCAUUACCUGUCUCUUCCAGAAAGGCUGGAUCUGCUUCUCUCUCAGCAUUUGUACUGAUUCCUAUACUGUAUUUGAGGGCUGCACUGAAUGAUUUCCAUUUUUUGAGCAGAAUGAGGGGGAGGCUAAUAGGAUACUUGUGUGACAGGAGGAGAAAUGGCAAGGUAUUCUAACCAUUGUUACUCAAGGAAAGUUUGCCGUGGCCUGGGUGGCUUUCCACCAAAAAGACAGUACUCCUGUGAGCCAGUGGAAUGGCCAAGCAGAUGAGCUAGCCCAUCUGGCUCCCCUUCAAAACACCUAAAUAGCAGAAGGUUUGAAGUGGUUGUCAAAAUGGAUACAUGUGUAAAGAAAACACUCUGGAGCCAAAGAUCUCUUGGGAGGCCCAAGUCUGAGGUUGGCCACUUGUGUGUCUGCUUGUGAACAAUGUCAUACCCACUUAAGCACUUUCUGGAAAAUGACCCCUUGCACUUGAGGGACAGGAAGAGGCUGUGAGAGACCUGGCAGUUUGGGAGAGAAUUUCAUGGGUGUGUCACACUCCAAGUUACUCACAGGCAAAUGGGAUUGCAGAGAGAGCAGAUGGCUCGUUGCAGCCUGGUACACCAGGAUAGGCUGAACAGCUAAGGGAAGCUGUGAUUAUUGUUAAUAGUCAUUGAGGAGUGUGAUGGUUUAGGAAUCACCCACCCUCACACACAAUGAAUUCACCCAGACUAGACUCAGCCAGCUGGAAGUUAAGGAAUUAAGCUAUAUUUACAGCUUAGCACAAUUUACAGGAGCAUAUAUAUAUAUAUCUCCACAGUGUACACAAAUAAUUACAGUUAUAUACAAGUUAAAAGUAGUAUUGAAACACAGAAUCCCUCCCAAAACAGUCAGACUGCCAGGAAGCUCCUGACCCAAACCUCCUUCCCCCUCUUUUCUUCCCCUCAGAAGUAACCCCGUCUGCCCCCCUGUAUCUCACAUGAUAAAUCUGGAGACAUUUGAGGUGAAAUGUCAAAAAGAUGACAAGAAGGUGAGGGAGGGGGAAAGGGGUCAGAUUAGAGAGUUGAGGCAGAUGCAACCACACAGAAUGCCAGAGAGAAGGAGAACCAGUGAGAACUGAGAGUUGUGUGAGAAGUGAGUGUCUAUAUUUUGACUAGUUGCAUUUCUCAGCAGAAGAAUGGUGAUACAGGUCACUGUUGGUUUUUUUUCUUCUCACAGCUAAGGAUUUCAUUUCUCUCAGUAAAAUACUCCAAUUAGCCUCAAACCAGCACAGAGAGUAAACAGAUGCCUGAAAAUUACAUUUUGCCAAAAAAAACCAGUAAACAUGCCAGACACUGCCCUGAUGAUCCUAAAAACCUGUUGUGCUCUCCUGGCCAACCAGUGUUGUUCAGACUCCCCAUUGUGGAAGCCAUAUGCCUGGUUUUGGAAAUGCCAGUGAACAAGUAUG